AAUCCACACAACCAAAACAAAACGCCGCCACCCACUACUUGCUUUUGCUUCUCGCCUCGUCAAACCUGUCUGCCAUGUCUGCCACAAGCACGCCGCCCAAGUUUGAUCUGCGCACGCUGCUGGAGCAGCACUGCGCGCUGGCGUGCAACCCUUCCAGCUUGCAGCAGCGCCUUGUCAUUGGCGGCCGCAACACCCCCAAGUAUGAGGCAAAAAUGCUUCGCCACAAGCAGGAUUGCAUGAUGGGCUGCGCCUUUGCAGCGCAGUCGGACGUUAUGACGCGCGUUGAGGACCAGACGCGCGUUGCACAGCUUGUUAAGGACCUCAACAAGGAAUCCAACACAAUCCUUGACUCCUCACAGAUGCGCGAGAAGCGCAACAAGAUCCAGGACUGGUUCAUCAUGAUGCGUCUCCAGUGCUCCCAGAAAUGCGACAAGGCCUGUGAGGCAAGGGGAGACACGGAUUACAAGUGUGCGCGAAGCUGUGCGGUCGGCUGUGACAAGUUCUUUGACAAGGUCUUUGCGGAUUAAAACCUGCACCUGCGCACCUUUCCUCGCAAGAUGAGAGACAUGCUUGCUUGUUGCACGCUUUGUUGAUAUUAAAGACAGCCCUUCCUUGUGCUCGUGUGUGUGUGUGUGUGUGUGUGUGUGUGUGUGUGUGUGUGUGUGUGU